AUGUCAGAUCAAUCAGUUUAUGGCCAGGUUGCAGCAUUUCGACAAUGGCUUGGCAUGAUCCAGAGUCAAGGCAUGCACGGCAACUAUGUUCCCAUCCCAUAUGAUAUGAUUGAUUUGGCUGCUUCGUUCAUUGCUAGUGUGAUGAGUGGGGUUACAAGUGAUUUAUUAUUCAUGACGACCACCUUGGCUCAGAGUCAAAGCUAUCGAGAGAAUGUCAACUUUAUCCGCAGAACACUAUCAAAGGCUCAGAUAUCUUGUUCCUCAUUGAUUUGCAGCUUAUGGUACAUUGAUCAAUACUUUCAACAACCUCAUAAAAAGAUCAAAUGGCAUCCAAAAGACUUGUUUCUUGCUAGCAUUGUUGUAGCAGACAAAUACAUGACUGAUGUUACUUGGCUCAACUCUGACUGGUCUGAAUGGACACACUUUACAUACUCAAAUCAAGACAUCAACAGUUUGGAGAAACGAUUCUUGCAAGACAUGGACUUUAAUCUAUACAUAUCCGAAAUCAACUAUAGCAACUUUGUCAGCUAUUUGGAGUUUCGGCUUCAUUCAAGGCAACUGCUGGGCGAUGUAUUGUUGCUAUCAUACAGAGACAUUGAUGUAUUGAGUCAAGCAUUGAAUCCAAUCUAUGUGAAACGAUUACAGUUGAAUUUAAGACCUUUUGAGGCAAUGAUCUUAUUGGCCAAGCAAGCAAUUUCGAUAUUCGUUGUCUACACGGCUACACUCAUGACACUGGUAUCUGCUGGCUACGUUCUCUCUCAUCAUAUUGAUGUGGUGCAUUUGAUCAAGGACAAGAAUGAAAUUGCAAUGAUGAUCAUGAGUGGCAUUGACUUUUUCAAUGCACAUUCUGGAAGCAUAAUUCAAGCGGAUACCAGCAGCAGCGCAAUGAUAGUGUCACAUGCAAAUAUGAAAAUUUUGGUUUAA